AUGCAGUUAGAUAUUGUAGGCCUGCUAUUUGAUGAUAUAUUCGGAGAAGAGAAAGCUUCAUUCUGUGGUCAAAACUAUGAGAUGAGUGAUUUUAUUGUGAGUAAGGAAAAAUCUUAUGGAGAGGGGUCAUCUCUAAGGUGGUUAAAGAUGAACAAAAAGAAGAUGGAGCAAGUCGUAACCAUUUGUUUGUCUGCCUUAGAUGACAAGGUUCCUAUUACUGAUGAUGCUAACCAGACCCUGAAUCAUCGAAAGCAAAUGUCUGAAGAAAUAAUGGAGCCUCCUCCACUUGAUAAAAGGAGCAUAGAAGAGGAGACUAUUUGGAUACAUAAUCAACUUGUUCCAUUUAUUGCCAUGUAUCGGAAGGAGCAAUGUCUGAGUCUGCUGGAUAAUUUUGAGCAAAAUGAGGCUGAGAAUGAAGAUAAUGAUGAUGUUGAACAAGUAGGGCAAUUGAAGUGGCAUAAGAAGCGUAAGAGUGUGCUUCAGAUGCACCAAAGGAAAAUUUACGAUGAGGAAUGUCUGAAGAUUGAUAACAGUGAAAAGCAUACUUUGAAUAAGCAAUUAUUUGAAUCAAUAUCAAAGUCUCUUAAUGAAGCUGAAAUGAAGGAAGAGAUUGAUGACGUGGAUGCAAAGCAUACUUUGAAUAAGCUGUUAUCUGGGUUCAACAUAAUUUGCACCAUCUACAAUUUAUGUUAUUUGGAUUCAUUCGAUUGUAGGUGUUGA